AUGGCAGACACCGACGACGUCGGAGGCCUCUUCAGCAUCGCCAUAUCCGACAGCGAGGACGAGGCCAAGGCCGAGGAGAAGAAGCAGCGCGCCGGGCAGACGGAAGAGGAAUUUCGGGCCAUCAAGGCCUCGUACAAGGCCAAGAUUGAAAACGGCGAGAUUUGGAUGGGCAUCUCGCUGCCGCUGGAGGAGAGCGCCAACAAGCCGGUGGCGCAGGAGCUGCUGCACGCUGUGGAGGAGCUGUAUUUCUUCCGCAGGUAUGAGGAGGGUGCACGAUUUGCGAGGAGGGUGCUUGAGACCAGCAGCAGUCUGUUGGAUGAUGAGCACAGGGAGGUGUUGACGUUGUACGAGAAGAAAUGUUUGGCCAAAACAGGGGAUAUUGAAGCGAAAUGA